AUGUCGCGUACAAAUGAAGACUGGGCGGAAGCAAUUGAGGCCCACGUAGCUCAAGUAAACAAGCUAACCUCCGAACCCAUCGCUUCCAGUAUUCUUCUCCCCGACAGUAGCUUCGCCCAGUUCAUCGAUCACACACUACUGAAAUCGAACGCAACACUAUCGCAAAUAGAUCAGCUGUGCAAUGAAGCUAUCAAAUAUAAAUUCAAGUCAUGCUGCGUAAACGGGGUCAAUAUCGCCCAAGUGGCCCAACGUUUACAGGAUUCCGCAAGUGUACCUUGUGCCGUCGUUGGAUUUCCCUUGGGCGCCUCAAAGUCCUGCAUUAAAGCUUCGGAGACUAAAGAAGCUAUUCAGGAUGGCGCCCAAGAAAUCGAUAUGGUUAUCAACAUCGGAGCACUACAGUCUGGGAACUACAUCCUGGUCUACGAAGACAUCCAGGAAGUCGUCGCGGCUGCUUCCGGGGUCAUCGUCAAAGUUAUCCUUGAAACCAUCUUCUUGACAGAUGCUGAGAAGAUUGCAGCAUGCUUCCUUGCGGCAGAAGCUGGUGCUGCGUUCGUGAAGACGUGCACCGGGUUUUGCGGAGGGGGAGCUACCGUCGAGGAUGUUUCACUGACGCGGAGGUCAGUCGCCUACAAAGGCGGCAGUGUCAAGGUCAAGGCUUCUGCUGGGAUCAGGAGCUUCGACAAAUGUAUGGACAUGAUAAGGGCGGGCGCCGAUAGACUGGGAACAUCCUCUGGUGCUUCUAUCAUGGAGAGAAGCCCAACUGGCGAAGGCAGCUACUAA